AUGACCUCAGACAUUCUACAAGAAGCAUUCAAUGCUACGGUUUCCAGAGAUUAUGAGAAAGCAGUUUCUGUGAUUCGCAAUGUGCUUGCUAGUCAGCCAACACAUUCGUUCUCUGUGGAGCAGUUGGAAUUGAUUGAUCAUGUGUAUUCGUGUAUUCUGAAUACAAGUCAUUAUGAUGAAUCAUUGAUUGAGGUCUGCUGGGAAUGGAUAGAUGCAAUCGAACGAAACCCACGUACUGUUGACACCCGUGCUGUUUCUAGCUCUCAAUUGAGCAUAUACUAUGCCUACCACACUAUAUGUCGAGUUCAGGAACGAAUGCCGCGGAAGCCAACGCAUUCACAGUUGAGGCACGAAACAUGGACUAGAGUUACACAUAGUUUUAGCUACUUCUGGGCAGCGGCUACUCAAUUAUGGAAGCACUACGAGCUUGAUAGAUUAGAUGUUCUCUGUAGCUGGUCAUAUUUGUGUCUGCAGUUUGCAGAUGUGGUCACGGAAGAGGUUUUGAAUGUUGUGGAGAAUGCAAAAAAUUCUACAAAAGAGCUACUCUCAAAUGUGAUCAUGAUCGAGAAUGGGCAUCAAGCAAACCAACGCCUUCUAACUGUUGAGAGGAACAUUCGAGAGACAAGAACGUUGACUGAGAAGUUGGGAAGGCGAUUGACAGAGCGGAAGCCAACUAUUGCCGUCGUUUCUUCAGAAAAUCUCUCUGGAGACGAAUCCUCUUUGUCGCCACCAAUGCCAAAGAAGUGGUGUAGUGGGCCCGAAGGAAACUGUUAA